CGCGGCGAAUUUGCGCGCUUUCCCGAAACCCCCAAAAAAGAGGAUUAAGGAAUAAAGAAAACUGGAUACCCCUUUGUAAUUUGAGUGUGUUGUUUUUCUUUUGAUUUUCAAAUCCAGACUUUCAUAGUAUUCCUCAAACAAAAAUGGCCGAUGAUUCCUCCACUUCCCAUCGAAGAGACCCCAUUAAAUCAUCAGUUGGGAACGUAGCGGCUCAACGACGGCGGCAAAAUGCGGUGACGGUGGGGAAAGAGAGGAGAGAAUCGUUGGUUCGAGCGAAACGGUUGUGUAGAGUGGGAGCCACCGGUGACGGCGAUGUUCCCGUCGAGGAAAAUGAUAUGAUAACUGAUGAAGCAGGGUUUCUUUUAGAUACCCAAACUUCUUCAGCCGUGGAGGAGUUAAAAUCCGCUGUUGCUUACCAGGGGAAAGGUGCAAUGCAGAAGAGGGUAAAUACACUACGUCAGUUAAGGCGAUUAUUGUCAAAAUCUGAGUUCCCUCCGGUUGAAGCUGCUCUUAAAGCUGGAGCUAUUCCAUUGCUUGUGCAAUGCCUUUCGUUUGGUUCUCCGGAUGAACAGUUGCUCGAGGCAGCCUGGUGUCUUACAAAUAUUGCAGCAGGAAAACCGGAAGAAACAAAAGCUUUGAUGCCUGCAUUACCAUUGCUCAUUGCACACCUUGGAGAAAAGAGUUCCUUGCCUGUUGCUGAGCAGUGUGCCUGGGCAUUGGGCAAUGUUGCUGGUGAAGGGGAGGAGUUACGAAAUGUUCUGCUAUCUCAAGGUGCUUUGCCACCUCUUGCAAGAAUGAUGUUGCCAAACAAGGGUUCAACUGUGAGAACAGCAGCUUGGGCAUUGUCAAACCUUAUCAAGGGACCUGAUCCUAAAGCUGCAACCGAGCUCAUCAAAGUUGAUGGAGUACUUGAUGCAAUUCUCCGGCACUUACGAAAAGUGGAUGAGGAGCUGGCCACUGAAGUAGCAUGGGUGGUGGUGUAUCUCUCAGCCCUUUCUAAUUUCGCGACUGGUGUUCUGGUGAAGAGUGAUGUCCUUCAACUUCUUGUGGAAAGAUUAGCAACGUCAAAUAGUUUGCAACUGCUCAUUCCGGUGCUGAGAAGCUUAGGCAAUCUUGUAGCUGCUGAUUCACAUACAAUUUCCACUGUUCUCGUCCCUGGGCAUGAAAUCACAGAUGGUGUAAUUAAAGUCCUUGUAAAAUGUCUGAAGAGUGAUCACAGGGUGUUAAAGAAGGAAGCAUCAUGGGUUUUAUCUAAUAUAGCAGCUGGUUCAAUUGAACACAAGCAGUUGAUAUAUUCUAGUGAGGCUGUACCCUUACUACUACGUCUUCUUUCAACUGCACCCUUUGAUAUAAGAAAGGAAGUAGCAUAUGUGUUGGGCAACCUAUGCGUUGCACCUACUGCAGGUGAGGGAAAGCCGAAUCUGAUCGAGGAACACCUGGCUUCCCUUGUUCAGAGAGGCUGCCUUUCAGGUUUUAUUGAUUUGGUUAGAUCUGCUGAUAUAGAGGCUGCCAGACUAGGACUUCAGUUCACAGAGCUGGUUUUGAGAGGAGUGCCAAAUGGAGAUGGACCAAAACUAGUUGAACAAGAGGACGGGAUUGAUGCAAUGGAAAUAUACCAGUUCCAUGAAAAUGAAGACUUGAGAAACAUGGCCAAUGGUUUAGUUGAUAAAUACUUUGGGGAGGACUACGGAAUUGACGAGUAAAGUAAGGUUUUACGACCUAUUUCGUUGUAAUGUUUUUCUUUUUUGUAGUUUCCUUUCGCCAUCUUUUGUGGUAUGUAAAUUGAUCAGUUGGUUCAUCAAAGGACUCGUCGGCAUUGCCCUUUGUCGACGAAACUUGGGCUGUUAAGGCUAAUCAUGUUGUAGGAUGCGUGAUAGGCUGAUAGCAUUUGUCUUCAAGACUUGUUGAAUCGUUUGUUGUUGCAUUUUAUUUGGUCAU